AUGUGCAGAACAACCGUGUACAGAAUCUACUGCGCCGACUGCAACAAAUUCAUGCGCGAGCACAGGGGCAGAGAGUACUGUGAAGAGGUUGAAAAAUACUAUAGAAAAGGCUACCAACCAGGAUUGGACGCUUCUUGGCCUGACGAGUAUGGCAGCCCAGAUAUAGAGCCCAAGAAGAUGUGUCUCCACGCCAUUACCCGCACCAAGUGUCCCGGUUGCGCCAGGGAACUGAAGACCAAGACCAAGGAGACCAAAUGCAGCGAUGCCAUAACCAACAACAAGAGCUGGGGCAAGUGCAGGAGCGGAGGUAGAACCACGGAAUCGAGCACAUGGGGGCGGUAUUGCUAUAGUUGCAAGGGUAAGAGCAACUACAAGGAAUACGACUGCUAG